GUCCGGUCCGUCUCGCCGGUCCUCUCGCCGCUCGGGUGCCUUCGGGAAAGGCCCGGGGAGCGGUUUGCGCCGCCGCGCUGGGUCUCGUGGGGGCAGGAAGUCCCCUCGUGCGUCCCUUCCCUUUGCUUCCUUUUUCAAAUUUUUCUUGUGGUUUCCUGACGUGAACGAAGGUGAGGUCCGUGGCCCACAGACGGCGCUUGAUGUUCUGCCCUGGCCGCCGCGGAGGGGACGCAGGACUUUGAAGCUCCAGAGCGGGUCACCAGUUGGCUGUAGGUUAGGUUUGCUGAGCUUUCUAGGAAGAUGGCUGCUUUGUGGGUCGGUUAUAAAGUGCCUCCUCGGAGGGUCGCCUGUGGGUAGGGGACAUUCAUUCCUGAGCAGUUCCAGAAAGAAGACACCCCGGCCCGGUUGCCUGUGAAGCCCCUCUGGCCUUCGCUUCUUGCUUCCCAGGCCCCAGUAUCAGAGGGCGUGAGGGCGGGAGUCUGUCCUGCUGGCGUGCAGUCCUCGUGCAGGGACACGUUCUUCUCAGAACGGCAGCUGAGGGUACGGCCGCCUCGGGUCCCUCACAGGCCGAUCCAGGAGGAGCUCCGGGGGAGAGGGGGGAACAGAAGCACCGCUGGGAGCUCUUUCUGCCUGUCCGACUGGUUUGCAUCGAUGCCUGUGACUCUGGCUGUGCUCUUGUUUGUGUCUCCCCAACUGUUAGUUUUUCUUUUGUGUUUUCCCCUUUGGGUCUCUAGAGACCAUGUGUCCUGGUUCAUGGGAGUCAGAACAGAGAGCGUUAGUGGGGAAGCAGGUCGGAGGCGCUGGCCACAGCUCCCUCUCAGUGCUGGAGGGUCGUGAUCCAUCUGAGCAAAGACGGCUUUGGCUCCGCCGCGGAGCUUCUGGUCGUGCUGGGGACGGAGGCAGGCACGUGGGCCGGAGCCUCUGCUUGAGGCCCUGUCCUCUGUCUGGGCUCGGACUCCUGCAGCCGCUGGGUGGGAUUUUAGGGUUUGCGCAAGCAGAAAGGCUGUGAGAAGCUCAGAGCUGAGGCCUCUGUCUUUUGAGCAACGUGGUUUGUCCAAACACCCCUUGUGCCCGCUUUGCUACUGCAAAUUACUUCUCUGCUGCUCAUUGACGUCGGGUGGGCAUACAAGGCCGGGGCUUGGGAACCCAAGAGUCUAAAGCUGGAGGUAAGGGAUCUGGGGCUUAGCUUAGCAGAGAGGGCUCUGCUGAGGCCCACACAGCCGUUGGGGCCGACGGUAACAGGAGGCAGGUGUUGGCACGCGUACUAACAGCAAUCUGGAGUGGCCCAGCGGUUUCCGUAGUGUCUGCUGAACUCGGUGUGCUGACCUCUUGGAACAGAAAGUUCUGAUGUUGGGGUCAGCAGAGCAAUGCAUGACCCCCAGAAGUUCACCAGCUGCCCUAGGUCUGUGUUUUGGCUGUUGCAGCGGUCCUCAGAAGUAGGCAUUCACCUCCCGCAGAAGGACUUCGGAUCUGUAGGAUCAGCCUGCCAGACUGAUGGUUGUGGCGUCUUACUGCCGGGCCAGAUAACCUCUCCCCAAAGUGGGGAGCAGGCCGGGCUGAACAGGGUUACUGCUCCCUCUGUCACCCCCAGUCUCAAGGCUCCCCUGGCCAUCCAGGGGCUUUUGAAUGAGCUAGAAGAAGUCUGCCUCUUGGUUUUGGGACUGGUUUUCCAGCGAGGAGAGCCGUCAUUUCCCAGAUGUUCUAGUUUGGGUGGUACAGGCUCUGUAGCUUUCCUGAGGGAGGCAAAUGGCAGAGCCCAGAAGCCUGUGCCGUCCGGAGCGGGAAGGAAGGAGUUACAGGCCCAGAAGCUGCGCCUGGCCUACACGAGGAGCUCCCACUACGGCGGUUCUCUGCCUAAUGUCAACCAGAUUGGCUGUGGGCUGACUGAGUUCCAGAGCCCCCUCCACUCGCCUCUGGAUUCGUCUCGGGGCACUCGGCACCACGGGCUGGUGGAACGCGUGCAGCGAGACCCCCGGAGAAUGGUGUCCCCGCUCCGCCGCUACCCCCGCCACGUCGACAGCUCGCCCUAUGGUCCUGCCUACUUGUCUCCUCCCCCGGAGUCUGGCUGGCGGAGGGCGGUGCCCUGGGGCAGUUUCCCUGCGGAGAAGGGCCAGAUGUUUCGACUCCCGUCUGCGCUGAACAGGACGAGUUCUGACUCUGCCCUUCACACCAGCGUGAUGAACCCCAGCCCUCAGGACACUUAUCCAGGCCCUGCCCCUCCCAGCAUCCUGCCCAGCCGCCGUGGAGGUUUUCUGGAUGGUGAAGUGGAUUCCAGAGUCCCUGCUGUUGAGGAGAACGUGCUGGACGACAAGCAUUUGCUGAAGCCAUGGGAUGCUAAGAAGCUGUCCUCCUCCUCUUCCCGACCUCGGUCCUGUGAAGUCCCUGGAAUUAACAUCUUCCCAUCCCCCCACCAGCCUGCCAGCGUGCCCGGCCUCCCACCUGCCAUGAACACGGGCGGCUCCCUACCCGACCUCACCAGCCUGCACUUCCCCCCGCCACUGCCCACUCCCCUGGACCCGGAGGAGAUGGCCUACCCCAGCCUGAGCGGGGGCAACAGUACCUCCAAUCUGACCCACACCUUGACCCACCUCGGCAUCAGCGGGGGCCUGGGCCCUGGCGCGGGCUACGAUGCGCCGGGACUCCAGUCCCCUCCCAGCCUCCCGUCCUUGCAGUCCUCCCUGAGCAACCCCAACCUCCAGGCCUCCCUGAGCGGCCCCCAGCCCCAGCUGCAGGGCUCCCACAGCCACCCCUCCCUGCCGGCCUCCUCCCUGGCCCGCCAUGCACUGCCCGCCACCUCCCUGGGCCACCCCUCGCUCAGUGCCCCGGCCCUGUCCUCCUCCAGUUCCUCCUCCGCUUCGGCUCCCGCGCUGGGUGCCCCCCCUUACCCGCCUUCGACCCCCGGAACCUCCCCCCGCCACCGUCGUGUGCCCCUCAGCCCCCUGAGUUUGCCCGCGGGCCCAGCUGAAGCCAGAAGGUCCCAACAGCAGCUGCCCAAACAGUUUUCGCCAACAAUGUCACCCACCUUGUCCUCCAUCACUCAGGUGCUGUGCGGGCUGAGAGCCUCGGCCCCUCACCUGUGGGACACGGCUGCCGUCCUAAGGGUCCCAGGAGCCGCAUACGGGCUGUGCUUAGGCUGGGCCCAGCCAGGGGCAGCCCCGCAGGGUGUCCCCUUGGAUACCAGCAAACUGCCCACUGACCAGCGGCUGCCUCCAUAUCCAUACAGCCCCCCCGGUUUGCUUCUGCCCAGCCAGCCGGCCACCCCAAAGCCUCUGCAGCAGCCGGGGCUGACCUCCCAGGCCUGCUCCAGGCAGCCCUCUGGGGGACAGCCCCUGGGCCGGCCACUGCACUUCGGGUCACUGUACCCGCCCAGCUCCGGUGGGCAAGGGCAGCCGUCUUACCACCGGCCAGGAAGUGACUUCGGCCUGGGGAGUCCGGCUCUGCGCAGCGCGCUUGCUGACGACAGCCACUCUGACGCCUUCUCUCCCGGGCAUGCCCACGCUCUGUCCCGGCAGCAGUUCACCAUGGAGAGCCCGUCAGCCAGCCUGGCGCUGGAUCCCCCUGGCUUUUCUGAAGGACCUGGAUUUUUAGGGGGUGAGGGGCCAGUGAGUAGCCUCCAGGACCCUCGUGCCCUCAACCACCAGAACUUGACCCACUGUUCCCGCCACGCCUCAGGGCCCGACGUCCUCCUCCCAGGGGAGUCCUCCCCAGGUUUCUCCAAGGAGAUUGCGGCGGCCCUGGCCGGAGUGCCCGGCUUUGAGGGGCCAGCCGCUGGGCUGGGGCUGGGGCUGGGGCUGGAGGAGGACCUGCGCAUGGAACCGCUGGGCCUGGAAGGGCUCCACAUGCUGAGUGACCCCUGUGCGCUGCUGCCCGAUCCUGCUGUGGAAGACUCGUUCCGCAGCGACCGGCUGCAGUGAGGGGCCUUGGUGGAGCCCCUCUCCGUGACCGUGCCCCAUCAUUGUCCCUUUCCUCCCUUCCCCCUGGCCAGUAGAGACUCCACUCUGCCCCCAGAUCCUCUUUCUCACGUGAACGAGGGAUCCUAGGAAUGAGAAAAAGCGAGGGGUUUGUCCAGGUGGCCCCUGAAUUCUGCACAAGGGGCGGGCCUGGGGGAGCUGCAGGGAGGGCCUGAAGCACUUGUAACUUUGAACCUGAACCGUCUGUCUGGAGGUCAGAGCCUGUUGGAAGGCCGGGGGGAAAGGGGGACCCUGAGGCCUUGGGGUGGGCAGUGCCAGCUCCUCCUCCCAACUCUUCCCCCUCGCAGUGGAGGAGAGAGCCAGAGUGGAUAUUAUUUUUUAUUAAAUAUAUUAUAUGUUAAUAAAAAAAUCAUAUCAAACA